AUGAUUCAGGACUACAUAAUAACGCCCUACAUCGGCGAAUUUAUAAACACCCUCACAAACAUAACCUACGGUCCGCCCAUCCCCAUUCCCCCUCCCCCCUCUUCCCCAAACUCACUCUCCACCCCAGUAAUCUACGGCCUCCACGGCCUCCGCCACGUCGCCCCCAAACCAACCGGCGGCCUCAUCUCCACCCUCGCCUUCCCCUACUGGGGCCUGAUUUCCGUCGGCCUCCUCUCUGCGUGGUUCCACGCAACACUAAAAUACCAUUCGCAAAUGGGCGACGACCUAUCCAUGUUCCUGGCCGUCGGCGCCAUCUUGCACCAACUGCUUUGUUUCAAAGCUACGGUAAACGAACGACGCAAGUACACGGCGUAUAUCCUAGGAAGUCUGAUUCCCGUAUCCGUGUACCACGUCUGGGCCGAUGAAAUCAUUCUGCAUGAGAUUGCGUUUGCGGUCAUGAUUUUCUUGGUGAGUAAGUACACGCGUGCGCUUAUUAAAGUGCAAAUCACGUCCGAAGAAGCUCGCAAGAAACUCGGGAGGAUGGCUACUUUUGGUAUCUCAACUGGUCUCUUCGGAUACUUCUUGUGGAACAUUGAUUUCCAUGCGUGUUACUACGUUACAGUCUUCAAGAGAUGGGUGGGACUGCCCUGGGGCUUUCUGUUCGAAUUGCAUGGGUGGUGGCAUAUUUUCACGGCGAUUGGUGCGUAUGUGGGUAUGGCGCUUGUGGAGUAUCUUGUUACGAUUGAGGAGGGGAAGACGGGGAGGGUGGAGGAGGGGUUUGUGUGGCCGGUUAGGGAGGUGUUGAGGGAUUUGGAUGGGGUUGAGAGGAGGGGGGUUGAGGGGAAGAAGAUGAAGUGA